AUCAGCAAACCUGCAGCUGACGGCCAUGGCUUUCUUUGCUGAGCUGAUGAAGGAGCCGCCUCUUGAGAAGAGGAACGUCCUGAAGAUUCUGCGUGUCUUGGCUGAGAAAGCACAGCACCGAAGCAGCACCAUAAGGCAGCUGGCAGCGAGAGCUCUGGGCAACGCAGCCGGCAGCAUGCCCGUGGAGGUGCGGAAGCACGGGAGACAAGUUGUCCAGGUGCUGCAACAGAGCCUGGCGGACACUGCCUGUCCCGAGGUGGUUGCAGAAAGCAUGCUGGCGCUAGCUGAGCUCGUGAGGGUGCUGCAGGCAGUGAACUUGGGAUCGGCCUUUGAAGACAUCGCCAGGGCCACCAAGAUGUUCUUCGAGUCUGAAGAAGAGUACCUUCGCUACUCGGCCUUGCGCCUCUAUUCAGUCCUGGCCUCCUCAGCCUCGAGCAAGCGGUCGUUCUUUGCCGGAGAAGUGGCGGAAACAUGGGUCAGCCUUUUCCUGCACCUCCGGGAUCCCGACUUUGCAGUUGCCAGCAUGUGCAAGAUCACCUUCAGGCUCUGUGUUCCAUUUAUGGGGCUGAGGCGGCCACGGGAGAUCAUCUCUCUCUGCAAGAGGCUGGGUGCACAAGAGCUGCAGGAUGCGCUCUGCACUCACCUGGCCAGAUACGCCCCCCCAAAGUUGGAGAGGCUCCGUACCAUAGCCAGGAGAGGCUUCCUAGAGAACGGGCAGAGGCUGCACCCAUCGACCUUCGAAAUCCCUGCUUUCCAGGGCCCGAGCAGCACUCAGGACACCCGAGCGUGGAGAAGGCAGACAAGGCCCUCUGUGGCUGUGGCACCCUGUGGACAAUAAAACUCUGUACAUGUACGUGGUCUCACCGCUCGCUGUGUCCUUGG